GUCUGUCUGUCUGUCUGUCUGUCUGUCUCUCUGUCUGUCUGUCUGCCUGUCUGUCUGUCUGUGUGUCUGUGUGUCUGUCUGUGUGUCUGUCUGCCUGCCUGUCUGCCUGUCUGUUUGUCUGUCUAAAGACAUGUCCUCCCGGGCUGAGAGUAAGACAGCCUCACAGUUUGUUUCUCUCACGAUGAGGCUGAAGGAUAAACUUCACACGCAGAAGAUCAGACGCUCUGAACGAAUCAAACACACCCCGACACACACAGCUGCCCUGCAGCACACACACCAGGGUGUUCUGGUUGAGCAGCAGAGGGACGUUGUCAGCUCUCUCCAGUAUUUUAAGGCUCUGGUGGACAAACUGGUGGUGGAUCAGUCUGUGGGGGGGCUGCUGGGGGGCGCGUCCAGCAGGGUCCUGGAGGCAGUGAAGAGCCUGGUGAGGGAGGGGCCACAGCAGAGAGACAGUAAGACCGUGUCUUCCUGUCUCACUCGUCUCUACCUGUCUGUGGCUCAGCUGAUUCGCUGGGCUGAUCAUGUGAUGCUACAAGGUGUCGCCCACAGCAACAAGGAGUCCACAGCAAGCGUUACCACGGUGAUCCGCGUGGUGCUGGAUGGGGUCAAGGAACUGGUCCGAUUGGCUGCAGAGAGACAGGGAGACUCCGCCCCUGUGUCUCUUGUCCAAUCACAGGCCUCCGUGGGACAGGGGGUCGAGGAGCAGCAGACCUCAGACAGGAAGUCUACCUGCUGGAGUCCAGAGGAGGAGUCCUCAGACAGGAAGUCUACCCGCUGGAGUCCAGAGGAGGAGACCUCAGACAGGAAGUCUACCUGCUGGAGUCCAGAGACCUCAGACAGGAAGUCUACCUGCUGGAGUCCAGAGACCUCAGACAGGAAGUCUACCUGCUGGAGUCCAGAGGAGGAGUCCUCAGACAGGAAGUCUACCUGCUGGAGUCCAGAGACCUCAGACAGGAAGUCUACCUGCUGGAGUCCAGAGACCUCAGACAGGAAGUCUACCUGCUGGAGUCCAGAGGCCUCGGACAGGAAGUCUACCUGCUGGAGUCCAGAGGAGGAGACCUCAGACAGGAAGUCUACCUGCUGGAGUCCAGAGGCCUCAGACAGGAAGUCUACCUGCUGGAGUCCAGAGACCUCAGACAGGAAGUCUACCUGCUGGAGUCCAGAGGAGGAGACCUCAGACAGGAAGUCUACCUGCUGGAGUCCAGAGGCCUCAGACAGGAAGUCUACCUGCUGGAGUCCAGAGACCUCAGACAGGAAAUCUACCUGUCCAGAGGAGGACCAGGACCCCCCUUCAGCUCCUCCCAAACCCCCCAAGCCUUCCUCAGAGCCCCGCCCCCCGCUGCCCCCCCC